AAAAUUGAUGACAAAUCAAAAUGACAAUAUGCUGUUGCCAAAUUAAAUUAGUAAACUACGAAAAAAUUGGCUGAAUUUCAUCAUAUUGUACGCGUUAAAUUAUCCUUUUCUAUCAUAAUUCCAGUACAAAAUGCUUAUAAACUAGGAUAAAUGGUGGCACAACUCAAGUGUGAACAAACGUUUGCUUUAAUGUUUGGAAUCUUUGAAGUGAAUCAUCGUGUGUUCAGGCUUUAGAGAUGUCCAAAAUGAAGAAGCUGACUGGCUCAUUUCGCUAUACGCAGUGGGACCCGUGCCUCAUAGUGUCCCAGAUAGUGGCGAUGCAGUCCGUGUUGUACCUCACGCUGAGUCUGCUGAUCGCUGUGAUGCAGGAUCUGACGACUUCCACGAGGACUUUGGAUCACCUGUUUCAGUACCAUGAGAUUCAAGUCAAGGACAAUGAAGGUAGAGCAGUCAUAGUGGUGUUUGUCCUAAAUGCAGUUAUAGGCGCAUUUGUGCUGUGGACACUGGUGGGACGGACCAAGCUGUGCUUAGAUUUUAGCUGCACCUUCUACGGUAUUCACUUACUGUUCUGCUGGGUGUACAACCACAGUUUCCCCACCACGUUCUCAUGGUGGGCGCUGAACAUAGCCUGCGCCAGCAUCACGUGCGUCGCCGGCGAGUUUCUCUGUCUACGCACAGAGCUGCAGGCUAUUCCCCUGAGCAACAUCGGCGCCAAAGUUGACUUAUGAAAGUUAACCGUUAUAUUCACAUAAUGGUUGGACUAUUCGCGCAUAACGAUUGGACUAUUCGCGCAUAGCGGUUGGACUAUUCGCUCAUAAUGGGUGGACUAUUUGCGCAUAAUAAAUGGACUAUUUGGAUGUGUUAAACUAGUAGCCUAUCUAAUAUAUGGGUAUUAGGUAUUAACAAGUAGAUCCUGGCUGACUAAGAUCAUGCUAGGACAUAAAAGUUCACGUUACUGUUCUCCUGGGUGUACAACCACAGUUUCCCAACCACAUUCUCGUGGUCGGCGCUGAACAUAGCCUGUGCUGGUAUCACAUGCGUCACUGACAAGUUCCUGUCUACACACUGAAUUACAGUCUAUACCGCUCAGCGUUAUCUCACUAAAGUGGACUUAGGAACUGUGGACUUAACCGUUAUAUUCACAUAAUGGUUGAACAACUCUCAAAUUUUUAUAGUCUUUGAAAACGAAAUUCGAUAUCAAGUUUCUUGAUGGUCGAUACGCCUGCAAGCACCCCUAGAAAAAUGUUGGUGAAAUUGAAAAUUAUUAUAUUUACAUAAUAACUGUUAGGACCUAGUUUUAAAACCGUAGUUUUAAAACAAGAUCCGAUAAACUUUUCUUAAAGUAUUUUGAAACUUGUUGAAACUCGCAAUGUUUUCGAGAUGUUAAACUUAAUUGAAGAUUUUUAUUUGCAGUUUUGUGAAAAAAUGCUUGGCUGUGUCCCUAAAUUAAUGAAAAAAAAAAUGAGUGUGAUUAAGGAAUUGAUAAUAAUUGUAAUAAAUUAUAACAUUUUUAAUAAUAAUUGAUUACCUAAUAGUAGUUUUCCAUAAUUAAUUUAAAUUAAUUUUAAUACAAGUUACUGACUUAAAUAAAUUAAGAUAACACAAAGAAUAUACCAAGCUAUAGAUUUUCUAUGACAUUGAAAUCGUAACCACAGGCGAAAUGCUUUUUGAAGAUACCUCUUCAUUAUAAGAGCCCUUGUUAACUAACGUGAAUGUCGAUACAUUGUCCUCAUUGGAUACGCAUCCGCGCGCAGUCCCGCGCGUGCUCGCGUACAAAUUCGCGUAAUGUGAUACGCGAUUAGAAAACUUCGCGGGCAUGCUCUGCGCUGCGCUCCGCCAUAUGUGCGCCGGCCCUUAGGGUAAAUCUGUUAUGUAUAAAAGCCUGAUUCUAUAUUAUAUAGGUCGAGUUGGCAAUCGGGGUACAAGGCGGGGGGACGCCCCGCACACCCGCACCGCACCCACGCUAUCCGGGGCUGUGUGGGUGUGCGGGGCAUCCCCACAAUUAAUUUUAUAUUAUAUAUUUUUAAAAUUUAAAACCUACUUGAACCAAAUAUCACUAACUAUACUUUGGUCAGAGUUCGGACCUCUCGCUCUAAUUUAUUAGUCGAAAUGAGACAGCGACAAAAUAGGUAUUUGCUUCAAGUAUGUAGGUAUUAGGAGCACCUGAUACACCUUUAUUAUUAUAAUAUACCAGCUGAUGCCCGCGACUUCAUUCGCGUAGAUUUGCUUUUAAAAUCCCGCUGGUACUAAAAAGUAGCCAUUGUCACUCUCUAGGACUUCAGCUACACCCAUGCAAAAAAUCACGUAGAACUGUUGCUCCGUUGCGACGUGAUUGAAGGACAAACCAAUAAACCAACACACUUUCGCAUUCAUUAUAUCAUGGGAAAACGUGAUUAUAUAACGUGUCAUCUUUAUACAAAUACCUAUAGAUGUCACGUUUCUUAACUUGAACCUUUAGUAGUAGGUACAGUCGGGUACCUUCAAAUUCAGGGUUCACCUUGGUAUAAUUACUAAACACUACACCAGAUACUAAGAACUUAGACUUUUCAGUCAGGCUAAAAUUUUAGCCAAAAAGCCGGAUUUCAGAUUGUUAAAUAAAAUAAGCUUAGCUAAUGAUAACAAAAUGGUUAUAGAUAUACGAUCAAAAUAAGGUUGUAAAUAAAAGUCAUUGAAUUAUAUAA